AUGAACCAUCGUGGCGGCGACAGUUGGGGGCGGUGGAGGAGGGGUGGCGGCGGCAGUUGGUGGUGGUUGAGGGCUGGCAGCGGCGGCGGUGGCGAUUUCAGCGUCGGCGGCGGUGGUGGCGCAGGGAACAGAGAGGACGGGAAUGAAGAUACAAAAGAAAGGGGAAAGAGAAAGAAAAACAACCCCACCCCGCACGACCCACUAACCUACGCCCCUCUCACUGUAACCGCCGCCGCCGCUUCCUUCCCCCACGCCGGCGGCCUCUCUCCACCGCGCGCCGCCCUCCUCCUUCCCCGACGCCGGCCGCCGCCCUCCACCACGCGCCGCCCUCCUUAUUCCCUGGCGCCGGACGCCUCCCUCCACCACGCGCCACCCUCCUCCUUCCCCAGCGCCGGCCGCCCGCCUCCACUACGCGCCGCCCUCCUCCUUCCCCGGCGCCGGACGCCUCCCUCCACCUCGCGCCGCCCUCCUCCUUCCCCGGCGCCGGCCGCCUGCCUCCACCACGCGCCGCCCUCCUCCUCGUCAUGUCGCCGCCGCCCGGCUCCCUCCCCGAGCGCGACGCCGCCGCCCUGCUCCCUCCACCACGCGCCGCCGCCGCCCGGCUCCCUUCCCGAGCGCGACGCCGCCGCCCUGCUCCCUCCCCCAGCGCGCCCCCGCCACAGUGGCCGCGCGGUCCACUGCCGCCACACUAGUCCGUUCGCCACUACCAACCAAGGCCGUUCGACGACGUUCAACAACGCAGAGGCCGUACAACGCCACCUCCGCAGGCGGUUCAUCGCAGCAGCGACCUGGAUCCUGCUAGUUCCCACCAGCGACGUCUAUUCAAGCAUGUCGUCACUCUCCUGCUGCAGUGUGGCUCAGCUACUGCACUUGGUGCAGAUGCGAGAUGGCGGCUGCUGACGUCGCUAAGUCCAUCUACAAACUAGUGGUUGGCUGCUCCCAGCGGUAAAUGUGGUCGGGUUCAGCAGCUAGCUCUUCCUCGAGCAACCAUUUGGAGAACUUUAUUGUGUUCUUGUGGUGGUGAUUGAUUUUAGCAUCAACAAAUUUGACGUUGGUAGCUAGCUUGCGUAUGGAACCCGCGAGUUCAAUAUUGGCUUUAGAUUCAGUUCUUGUUGUACAAAAUGUCCCAGUGUUGACAUUUAUUCGGGUAAAAUUUUUUAUUUCAGUUCAGCUACAGAAAA